AUGGCAACCGUCACCUUCACUGCUCCCGCCAACGGCCAUGUGCCUGAGAAUUCGCUCACCGUCACUGAUAACAGGACCGGCCAGACCUUCUCAUUUCCCAUCAAGCACAAUGCGGUCAAUGCGUCCGAGUUCAAGAAGAUCAAGGCCCCGGAGGAUCCCGCCAAUCUCGCAGACCAAAACGAACAGGGGUUGAGAAUUUUCGAUCCUGGCUUCGGCAACACCUGCGUCAGCGAGAGCAAGAUAACUUUCAUCGAUGGCCUGAAGGGCAUGAUCCAGUACCGCGGCUACGACAUCAACGACCUCGUCGCCAGCAAGAAGGGCUUCGUCGACACAGCGAACCUGCUCUGGUUCGGCACGCUGCCCACCCCAGCAGAGAAGCAGGCGCUGCAAGACCGCCUCAACGCCGUCCCACUCCUCGACGACCAUGUCUUCAACGUGAUCCGUGCCAUGCCCCCCAACGGCUCGCCCUUCGGCAUGAUCAUCGCCGGCCUCAUGGCCGUGCAAUCAUCCGACAUGUCCCUCAUCCCCGCCCACGCCGCCAAAAACCUCUACCUCGGCAACGCGUCGCUCGUCGACUCGCAAGUCAUCCGCGCCAUGCAGAGCCUAUCCCAAAUCACCGCGGCGGCGUACUGCCACCAGACGGGCCGCGCCUUCACGCCGCCGCGCGCGGACCUCUCCUUCGUCGAGAACUUCCUGCUGAUGAUGGGCCACGUCGAGGCGGCCACAGGCCUGCCGAACCCGCGCUACGUCGGCUACUUCGAGCGCCUGUGGCUGCUCAUCGCCGACCACGAGAUGACGUGCUCGACGGCGGCCAUGCUGCAGACGGCGUCGGCGCUGCCCGACGCGUUCUCGUGCCUGGCGUCGGCGGCCUCGGCGCUGUACGGCCCGCUGCACGGCGGCGCGAUCGAGGUUGCGUAUAAGAACAUCCAGGAGAUCGGGUCGGUGGAGAAUAUUCCGGCGAAGAUGGCGCGCGUGAAGGCGGGCAAGGAGAGGUUGUAUGGGUACGGGCAUCGCGUGUAUCGCGUGCCGGACCCAAGGUACAAGCAUAUUAAGGAGGUGCUGGAGGAGUUGACGGCCGAGAUUGAGGGCGAUCCGCUGCUGAAGGUCGCGUUUGAGGUGGAUCGGAUUGCGCGUGAGGAUGAGUAUUUUACGUCCAGGAAGCUGAAUCCGAAUGCGGAUUUGUUCGCGGCGUUGGCGUACAAUGCUAUGUGA